CGACCUUCAUACGACGAGUUGCAACUUGCAUAUAUCAGAUAUACAGUGUACUGUAGAAGCUAGUGAUUACUAAAGACAUUUGAUUUGCCGAAAUCUGCCAUUUGCGAAUUUAACUGCAGUAAAGCCAUGGGAGCAUGGAAUUCAACUUUAUCCUCAGGCUCUAGUGUAAACAUAAGUAACUUUGUUAAAUUAUUUAUAGUCGCUCAGACUGAGCUUCCAAAUAUACUCCGGGAAUUGCUUUUAGCAAAAGAGCAUCCCGCGUGUCUGGAUGGCCAUAUUCGUAAUAACACGUACCUGUCGAAUAGACUGAGAGCCUUUGAAUUAUGUGUUAUUGCAACUGUCCGAACAAAACAAUAUGCUGAUUUUGAUGUUGCCCUCAUGUAUAAGAUAAUUAGAAAUUUGAAGUUAGUGCUACCGCCAACACAAGGGUGGGAUAACCGAAUUCCACCAACUUCGACAGAAACUACAAUUGGAGAUGAUGUUGAACGAAUUAGACGUAUCAGAAAUGAUAUUGUACACAGUGGGAAUACAAACAUCACAGACUCCGAAUUCGAGAUUAGGUUCUCACUUUUCUUAGAAAUUGCCCGUAGACUUGAAUUGUAUCUAAAUAAACGAAACAGAGAAUAUGUGUCAAGAAUAGAAAACGUUAAAACUUGCAGCAUAGAUCCAGAAAGAGAACAGUUGUACCUUCGAGAAUUGGAAGAUCUUGUUGAAAGAGAAAGAAUAAUGCAAUCAAAUUUAGCCGCGGUCAGCAAUAGUGUUGAUGAGCUACGUCAGCAAAUUGAUCUGGGUACAUCUGAUUUGUAUGCUAAGGUUGCUAUUUUGCAAACAGAACAGAAAGAAACCAUUCCUGAGAAUAUAAGAGAUCAAAUAAACAAAGACAUAGAAGAGUGGAAAUUGAAUGACAACAAAUUUGUACCUACGAUAGCAAGCGCUUAUGUUGCCAAUCACCUAAAUGAAAAGAGUUGCGUGACACUGACAGGUAGUCCAGGGGUUGGAAAAACGUUUGUUGCGCGACAUAUUGCCCUAAAGUUCCAAACAGAAGGAUAUAUGAUUAUUCCAAUAGAAACACCAAUAGAUAUAAGGAACUAUUAUACCCCUAAGAAACGAACUAUUUUUCUUGUAGAUGAUGUAUGUGGUAAAUUUAUUGCAAACCAAACAACGCUUGAGAAUUGGCAACAAAUGUUGCCAAGAAUUGAACAGAUCUUGGCCGACAAGUGUUUCAAAAUUAUUGCAACCUGUAGAUUACAAGUCUAUCAGGAUGAAAAAAUCAGUUUAUUACAGCCUUUUAAGAUAUUUGAAUGCAAUUUAAGCUCAACAGAAAUGUGUCUUACACAAUCAGAGAAAACAAAAAUGAAAGAAAAUUACUUUGGUAACAAAACCUUCAAUGACACUACACAAUCACUUUCUUUUUUCCCUCUGUUAUGUUCUUUGCAAUGGCUUUCUGAAAAAGAUGGAUCAGAUGUUAAUCACUUGUUUGAAAGUCCGUUCGAAUUCUAUAAAAACGAAUUAGACAAUCUUUAUAGACAUGGAGAUGAAGGUAGACAAAAAGUUUGUAGUCUGAUUUUAUGCGUACUUUUUAACAAUUAUCUCGAGGAAAAGUGGUUCCAGGGAAAAGUCACAGGUGAACAGCGCUUAGUUUUAGACGAUGUAUAUAUUGCUUGCAGACUGAAUACAGGUACACCAAAGACUCAACUGAUGGAUGCACUAGAUACACUAGACGGUUCACUAGUGUGUAAAAGAAACGCAAUAUACAGUGCCAUACAUGACAAAAUUUUUGAUUUCCUGGCUCAUUACUUCGGUGGAAGAAUGAUGCACUGUUUAAUAGAUCACUCUGAUUCCUAUUUCAUAAAUGAACGUUUCCAGUGGAAAACAAUGGAAAGUUUAAUUACAACUGACAUUGCUUUCGCCAUAGAGCUAACUGAUGAAACUUUGCAUUUGUAUUUUGAAAGAUUAAUAAAAGACUGGUCAGAGGGCAAAGUAACAGUCGUAAUAAACAACUCAAACAUGAAAGAUGAAUCGUUUAGAAAUCGUUUCAUACAUUAUUUGACGAAACUUGAAAAGACAGAGCAAGUGAAACUAGCAAAUACACAAGAUAUUCUAGAUAAAAGUGAAUGGGGUACUUCUGGAAGCUAUGCAAUGAUAAAUGCAUGUUUUCUAGGUUAUAUUGAUAAAGUUCGUUGGCUGUUGGGCAAAGUCGUGAAUGUCAGUCAGUGUAGAGAUGAUGGGAAUAGCUCACUUCUAAUGGCAUGUUAUAACGGUCACAAAGAUAUCGUUUCCCUCUUAUUACAAUGGAAUCAUUCCGUCAACGUGCGUAAUGAAAAAGGAGUAACCCCUCUUUACAUAGCAUGCGAGAAGGGUUAUACCAAAAUAUUGGAAGAAUUAUUGGAAAGUAAUGCCGAUGUCAAUAUUGGCAUAGACGAUGGAAAUAUUCGGCUAUCCCCACUAUCGCAAGCUACUACGAUGAAUCACUUCGACAUCGUAAGGAAACUGUUGGAGAAAACUCCCGACGUUAAUUUUUCUGGAACAGAUCGUUACACCGCCCUCUUGAUUGCCUGUCAGGCUAACAGCACAGAAAUAGCACGUCUAUUGAUUAUUAAUAAGGCAGACGUAUGUGCUAGUACAAAUAUCGGUGUUAGAGCAUUACACUUAGCUGUAGCAAAUGAAAAUAUUGAAAUAACUCAGUUACUUUUAAAUCUCAAUGUUAAUUACAAUUCACGCAUCAAGGCUAAAGAGUUUAUAUAUGUUGAAAUAAUGCUUUCGCUCUUCCAUCCAUGUACAUCAUUAGAGGAUUUAAAGCAUACCAUGUUCAACUUUAUUGUACAAAAGGAAUCAAUAGUAAAACAAUAUGUUAGCUUAAAAUCGGAAGAGUAUGUGUUUGAUGUUGUCCAAGGUUCGUCUUCUUUGCAUAUUGCUUGUUUCAUGGGAUAUUUUGAAAUAAUUGAAUGUCUUUUGCAAAAUGGUGCUGAUAUUAACCUACCAAAACUAGAUGGCACUACACCACUUUUUUAUGCAUGCGAACUUGGACAUGCUAAUAUCGUAGGUCUGCUAUUAGACAGAGGUGCAAACACAAGUAUGCUCAGAAAGGAUGGUAAAUCACCGUUGUCGAUCGCGCAGGCAAACGGGCAUACAAAUAUCGAAAUGAAAUUGCGACGCAACUGACAUGACUUGCAUGAUAGUUUUGAAAAUUAGCCCAGUCUAAUUGCAAAAUAUCGGGAAAGAAGGCUCAAAUUUAUUCGAUGUGGUAAUUAAUUACCGAGAAUAAUGAAUGUACAUACAGAUUUUUACUAAAUAGUCAGUUAAUUUGUCUAUUCUUGCACGAACAUUUGAAGUCAUGCAUAUCAAGAUAGUGCGCAGUCAUACGAUUCGUACAAAACAUGAAGGUUAAAUAACAAGACUGUUUCCGAAAGAAUCUUUUAAACUGACUUAACUUAUGACAUGUUUUUUCGCCUAAGAAUAAAUAUGAAAAAAAUUAUAUGGUUCUUAUGUAAGGUGAUUUUUUUCUGUUCAUGAAAUGACUAUGUGUUAUGGAGGGAUACCCCUUA